GAAUCGAACGUCGAUCUUUUCGAUCCACGGGCGGUCAUGGAGUCGGACUUUUCGCCGGGCGGUGGGAACAUCGCGUCAGUUUCCGAUUCGGACUUCGGCUUCGCGUUUAACGACAGCAACUUCUCUGAUCGGGUUCUGAGAAUCGAAAUCGUUCCGGAUUUGCCGGAUACCAAGUCGGACGGCGAGGGUUGUAGCAGUAUUGCGGAGUGGGCUCGGAAUCGGAAACGUAGACGAGAAGAAAUCAAGAAAGAAAAUGGUAUUUCAGCAACCUAUGUAUAUACAUAA